CCGGUCUUGUCGCUGGUGAGACCGUUGCUACAGGCCCUGCCUGCCUGGAGAAUGGGAAUCAUUUUCACUAAACUUUGGAGACUCUUCAACCACCAAGAACAUAAAGUAAUUAUCGUUGGUUUGGACAAUGCUGGGAAGACAACAAUUCUUUACCAAUUCUCCAUGAAUGAAGUUGUACACACAUCACCUACAAUAGGCAGCAACGUAGAAGAGAUAGUAGUGAAUAAUACACACUUCCUGAUGUGGGAUAUCGGAGGUCAGGAGUCAUUGCGUUCAUCGUGGAACACCUAUUAUACUAAUACAGAGUUUGUAAUCGUGGUUGUAGACAGUAUGGACAGGGAGAGGAUAGCUAUAACCAGAGAUGAGCUUUACAAAAUGUUGGCGCACGAGGAUUUGAAGAAAGCAGGACUGCUGAUCUUUGCCAACAAACAAGAUGUUAAAGAAUGUAUGACUGUAGCUGAAAUUUCUCAAUACCUUAAACUGACCUCAAUUAAGGACCAUCAGUGGCAUAUUCAAGCUUGUUGUGCUCUAACAGGAGAAGGGUUGUGUCAGGGAUUAGAAUGGAUGACUUCAAGACUUAAAGUCAGAUGACCUCCAAUGGAUGAGGAUGCAUGGACCAUUAAUAGCUAAACUGUAUAUCUCUUCCAGCAUUAACAGCUCCAUGCUUGCUGGAUUUAUUGGUAUUUAUUUUUCAGACUGAAUAAAGUUUAUUACUUUCACACUUGCUUCAAGUACAAGUUUGGAAAGACUUUCCUUAAGGAUCAAGAUUGAGUUCAAGACUCCGAAUUCAAUUGAUCGUUUGUAGCUUUUCUUUUAAAGAUGGCUGUGAUUAAUUGACACUUUUGUUUUGGAAACCAGCACAUUCUGCUCAGGGUAGAGUUUUAUAGUAUUUGGUAAGUACUUGGAGGGGGGGGAAGAAGUACAUUUGUAUUCCAGCAUCAUAUUAAUUGCCAUUUACUUUAUUAAAUAAAAGAAGCUAUGAUCUCAAUGGAACACUGUUAUAAUGUUCACAGCUGGAAUCACCAAGUUCUGGCUGAGCUACCUGUUGCUGUUUUGAUCUGGUUAUGAAUGAUAUUGCUGUGCUCUGAUGAAACUCAAAUAUUAUUAACUUUUUUUUUGUUUGAGUGAACAACAAGCAGAAUGUUUUAUAUAAUUUUCACUAAUCUACAUAGGACUGCUUUGGAAAGGAGUUGCAUGAUGUAAGAAAGAUUGAUACUAAAGUCACUAAAAAUAUUAUCAAUGUUUAACUGGGAACUAGGUGUACAAGUAAUUAUAUUUAAAGUCCUCUUCUUGAUUAUUUACCUAAACGCUACGCCACUUAAAUUAUAUUCUGAGUGCAAUCAUCUUGGAGAAUUUGGCACGUUUUUAAUUUAAUUGCAUUCCUUCAUACUAAAUAUGACAGUUUAGCACAAUGAAACAUUGAUCCUGCAAAAUUUGAAGAUACACUUUGGACUUGCUGAUCUUGGUCUGCUGUACUUCAAAGAGAAGAUGUACUUUUAGAUUUUGAAUUCAAAUUUUUCUUUUAGUCAAAUAGGAUUUGAAACUGUUUUGGAGAUCUAGACAAUAUCAAGACUGUCAAAGGAUGGAUGAAAGUUAGUGCGAUGUUUUAAAAUGCCUUCUGACAGCAAUUUACAGCAAAAGUUAAGAUACUGUAAUUUAAAAACACUUUACAAUUUUGACAUACCAGGUUGAUUGGAGUUGGUAUAGAGAAUAUCCCUAGGGUCCUAAUUACAAUCUGAUGCAAGGUCAUCUUUUUAAAAAUUGUUACCAAACUAGUACAUAGCAAAUGUGUGUGAAAUCAAGACUUAAAGUUCACUGUUUUUAGGACUUGUGGACAAUAUAAUUUUGCACAGAAUGUUGUUUCAGGGUUUUAAAUUGUGUCAAAGGCUAAGAUGCUGAAUUAUUUGUGAUACUGAAAGAUAUCGUUCAGAAAGUGGGAAGAUCAAUCCCAAUUGCCUGAACCGAGAAUGUUGAUAUUAUGUUAUGGCACAGGAUAGGGGGAUGUUAUUAUGUUACAUCGUUAUUGAAUAGGAAAUCUUGUAUUAAACUCCAAAUGGGAACGUUAUUUCUGAUGUGUACAUGUAUUUGAAUGUGGUGGUUCUCCUUACUGACACAGGCAGAUCUAUUUUUCUGAUCUGUUACUAGCAUCCAAGUUGUAGUGUUGUAUAUUUACUAGAUUAUUAAAAAAAAACUUGUACAAGUCUUCAAAUCUCAGCACGAGAAGGAACUGAUAAUGGGAGAAGUACCAAACUCAUUUUAAAGCAAAUGCUUGUAUUAAAGGCUUAUUUAUUCUUC